CGGCUGCUUCGGCGACUGCGUUUUCAUGGGCUAACAGCGAGUUUAGGGUUUUCCAGCCAUGAACCGCUUCAAUGGACUCUGCAAGGUGUGCUCGGAGCGGAGAUACAGACAGAUUACAAUCCCUCGAGGAAGCGAUGGGUUUGGCUUCACAAUCUGCUGUGACUCCCCAGUCCGUGUGCAGGCAGUGGACUCCGGUGGCCCAGCGGAAAAGGCUGGUCUGCAGCAGCUCGACACGGUGCUGCAGCUGAACGAGCAGCCCGUGGAGCACUGGAAAUGUGUAGAGCUGGCACACGAAAUCCGGAACUGUCCCACUGAGAUCAUACUAUUGGUCUGGAGGCUCGUCCCGCAGGUCAAGUCAGGACCUGAAGGCAUGAUCCGCAGAUCGUCCUGCAAAUCUGCCUAUGACCUCCAGUCACCACCCAACAAACGGGAAAAGAACAGCACCAUGCCUCCGCGGCCCGAGCAGCGCCGGAGCUGCCACAUACUGUAUGAUGGGAGUGAUGGGCUGGUGCUGAACAGCUGGGAGAGGUACACGGAGAUUGGCAAGCAGAACCAGAACACCAUGCCACCCCUGUCCCGAGUCCCCUCCACUGCGGACCAGAACUACAUCAUCUUAGCGCCUUUGAAGCCAGGGAGCCAGCUGCUGAGGCCUGUCUAUCAAGAGAACAACACUACUGUGGGAAAUGCGUGUAAAGGGAAAUCGCACAUGGGGUCUGGGAGAAAAUCCAGGCUGAUGAAGACUGUGCAGACGGUGAAGAGCUACGGGAACUACCAGAACUGCACCAUAGUGAGGCCACACAUCCCGCACUCCAGCUACGGCACGUAUGUGACGCUGGCUCCCAAAGUGCUGGUGUUCCCUGUCUUUGUGCAGCCCCUAGAUCUUUGCAACCCAGCCCGGACUCUGCUGCUGUCAGAGGAGCUGCUUCUUCAUGAGAGCAGAAGCAGGACUAUCCAGGUGACCCUCUUCGUCUACUCCGACCUGCUGCUCUUCACCAAGGAGGACGAGCCUGGGCGCUGCAAUGUGCUGAGGAACCCUCUCUACCUGCAGAGCGUCAAGCUCCAGGAGGGUUCAGAAGAUCGGAAAUUCUGCAUCCUUUACCUUGCAGAG